CCUUCUGAAAGUACGUCAGUUACGUCGGCAUGAAAAAGAAGGAACAAAACAGCUUCUCAGCCAGAGCAGAGUUUCGGACACGGGUCAAGAUAAUUAUUACUGCAGGAAUCACCUUUGUUCCUUGUAGGCAGCAUGAUGCAGCGGCAUGUCUGAUUUAUUACACACAGGGUGAGGAGAGGAAGUUAGCUAGCAUGCUAGCUCAAGUCAGCCUCACAGUCUGACAGCUAACGUCAGUAGCCUUAAGCUAACUGCUUUACUUCUCUUUAAACAAGAUUAAGCAAUCAUGACACAGAGAGUCAAUCUGUGUUCGGUUUCCCUCGGAGUGCAGGGUAUGACUUGUGGCUCCUGUGUCCAGUCCAUAGAGCAGCGCAUCGGGUCUCAACCUGGUGUGAGACAAAUAAAGGUCUCUUUGGAGCAGAAGAAUGCCACCAUCAUAUUUGACCCCAGCCAACAGAGCCCAGAGUCUCUAUCAGAAGCCAUCGAGGACAUGGGCUUUGAAUCAAGUCUGUCCGAGACCAGCACAGCUACACCCAUCUCUUCAGAUACCCAGCUCAUCCCCACCCUAAACCUGACACCAGCAGCCCAGCAGGAGGCUUUGGAGAAGCUGUCCCAGAUUCAGGGAGUGCUGGAUGUCAGGGAGAGCCCAGCACAGAUGGGUCUCAAUGUCACCUUUGUUCCUUCCCUGAUUCCUGCGCAGCAGCUAAGUGAGGUGGUGGCCAACAUCAAGCCCCUGGAUAUCGCCACACCGAACAGCCACGGUCUGCAAAACGGCCCAACUUUGUCCCCAUCCCACACAUCAGGAGCCGGGGUGUCGCUCCUGAAGUUGCGCAUUGAAGGAAUGACCUGUCAUUCCUGCACUACCACUAUUGAAGGAAAGAUUGGAAAAUUGAAUGGCGUUGACAAGAUCAAAGUUGUUUUGGAGACUCAGGAAGCUACGGUGGUGUAUCUGCCUUACCUCAUAACUGUCCAAACCAUAAUCGACCAGAUUGCUGUGGCCGGCUUCAAGUCGUUUGUCAAGUCCAAACCUCGCCCUCUGCUGCUGUCCCCCUCUGAAGUCGAACGUUUUGUUGAUUCACAAAAACCAACCGUUUCCUCGUCGUCAGACUCUUCAGAGGAGACUGAAAUCUUUAUAGACACAACACUUACAAUGCUCAGGGUGAAAGGCAUGCACUGCCGAUCAUGUGUGGUCAAUAUCCAGGACAACAUCUCCAUGCUGCCUGGUGUCUCAUCUGUGGAGGUUUGUCUGGAGAAAGAGAAGGCAUCCAUCUGCUAUGAUCCUCUAAUGGUCACAGUGAAUCAGUUACAGCAGGCAAUUGAGGCUCUGCCCCCAGGAAACUUUAAGACUCAACCCUGGGACUCCUCUUGUCCUCUCAGUCCUGUACCCACAUUGUCCAAGCCUGCCUUAUCGCCACUGCAGCCUGCAGGAGCAACCAAGACCACACCUGCUGCCUUACAGACUUCUUUUAUUCAGCCUCUGGGGUCUACAGUUAAAAUUCACAUCGAGGGUAUGACAUGCAACUCCUGUGUCCAGACCAUUGAAGGCAUGAUCUCCAAAAAGAAAGGUGUGAUGUCAGCCCAGGUCUCUCUGGCUGAUCACCAGGGGAUCUUUGAGUAUGAUUCCCUCCUGAUCACUCCGGAGGAGCUGAGGGAGGCCAUAGAGGACAUGGGCUUUGAUGCCUUCCUACCUGAGUCCAAUUCUCUGCUGCCAGAAUCAAAUUUCCUCCAUUCAAAGUCUACAAGUCUCAUACCUUUGAAAGAGCUGGACGGUGAUAUUCACAAAGAAUCCCCCAAGGAACACAACAGAGACACAAACUCUAAAUGCUUCAUCCAGAUUGGAGGGAUGACGUGUGCUUCCUGUGUGGCAAACAUCGAGCGAAACCUCAAAAACGAACCUGGCAUCUCUUCAGUUCUGGUGGCACUGAUGGCAAGUAAAGCAGAGGUGCGUUAUAACCCUGAAGUCAUCGACCCUGGGAGGAUCGCUGAUUGUGUGAAAGAGCUCGGCUUCACCGCCUCUGUUAUGGAGAACUAUGAAGGUUCAGAUGGAAACCUUGAACUAGUGGUCAGGGGAAUGACAUGUGCCUCUUGUGUUCACAAAAUUGAAUCCAGCCUCAUGAGAGAAAAGGGGAUUAUAUAUGCCUCUGUUGCCUUAGCAACCAACAAAGCACACAUUAAGUACGACUCUGAAGUUAUAGGCCCGCGGGACACCAUUAAACUGAUUGAGAGUCUGGGAUUUGAAGCAACCUUGGUGAAGAGAGACCGCACUGCAAGUCACCUGGACCAUAGCAAAGAGAUAAAACAGUGGAGGAAAUCUUUCCUGGUGAGCUUGUUUUUCUGCGUCCCAGUGAUGGGCAUGAUGACCUACAUGAUUAUUAUGGACCAUCAGAUGCCUUCUCCUCAUCAUCACAACAUGACAGCUGAGGACAGAAACCUCUACCACUCUACCAUGUUCCUGGAGAGACAGCUGCUCCCAGGCCUCUCCAUCAUGAACCUCCUCUCCUUCCUCUUCUGUGUGCCUGUACAGUUUAUUGGUGGACGCUACUUCUACAUUCAAGCCUACAAAGCGCUCAAACACAAAUCUGCCAACAUGGAUGUGCUAAUAGUUUUAGCUACCACCAUCGCCUUCACCUACUCCUUAGUUGUCCUGAUAGUGGCAAUGGCGGAGAAGGCAAAAGUCAACCCCAUCACCUUCUUCGACACACCGCCGAUGCUCUUUGUCUUUAUUUCCCUGGGACGCUGGCUGGAACAGAUAGCCAAGAGCAAAACAUCUGAGGCUUUGUCCAAGCUGAUGUCGCUACAGGCAACUGAGGCCACAGUGGUCACCCUCAGCAGUGACAUGUCUAUUCUCAGUGAGGAGCAGGUGGACGUCGAGCUUGUGCAGCGUGGCGAUGUGGUGAAAGUCGUUCCUGGAGGGAAGUUUCCAGUCGAUGGUAGAGUCAUCGAGGGACACUCCAUGGCGGAUGAGUCUCUCAUUACAGGUGAGGCCAUGCCGGUGACUAAGAAGCCAGGGAGUUGUGUGAUUGCAGGCUCCAUUAACCAGAACGGCUCCCUGCUGGUCAGCGCUACACAUGUCGGCAUGGACACCACGCUGUCUCAGAUAGUCAAACUAGUGGAAGAGGCGCAGACCUCAAAGGCUCCCAUCCAGCAGUAUGCAGAUAAGAUCAGCGGCUACUUUGUUCCCUUCAUUGUUGGAAUAUCGCUCCUUACGUUGGUUGCCUGGACUGUUAUCGGGUUUUUAGACUUCUCUCUGGUGGAGAAGUACUUUCCUGGUUUCGACAAGAGCAUUUCCCGGACUGAGGCAGUGAUUCGCUUUGCCUUCCAGGCCUCCAUUACUGUACUAUGCAUUGCCUGUCCCUGCUCCCUUGGCUUGGCAACCCCGACAGCUGUCAUGGUGGGCACAGGGGUUGGAGCCCAAAAUGGCAUCCUGAUAAAGGGAGGAGGGCCACUCGAGAUGGCACAUAAGGUCCAGUCUGUGGUGUUUGAUAAGACUGGGACCAUCACAUACGGGGCUCCAAAUGUCAUCCAAGUAAAGAUAGUCGUGGAGGGGAACAAGAUGCCACGUUCACGACUGUUAGCCAUCAUGGGCACAGCUGAGAACAACAGUGAACAUCCUCUGGGAGCAGCUAUCACCAAAUAUUGCAAAAAGGAGCUGGGCACAGAGGCUCUUGGCGUGUGCACAGACUUUCAGGCAGUGCCGGGCUGCGGCAUCCGAUGUCAGGUCAGCAACACAGAGACGCUGCUGAAACAGGCAGACAGCGACAGUGAGGAUAACAACCAGCGCAACAGCGUCCUCAUCCAAAUCAGCGACACCAGAAUGUCAACCACCUCUCAUCCUCUCAUCAUGGACCCGCAGCCACUAAGUCUCAUCCAGACGGCCACCUAUGUGGUCCUCAUUGGCAACAGAGAGUGGAUGAGGAGGAAUUGCUUGCAAGUCAGUUCGGACGUAGAUGACGCCAUGAUCGAGCAUGAGCGCAGAGGACGCACUGCUGUUCUCGUAGCUGUAGACAAUAUGCUGUGUGCGAUGAUAGCCAUAGCUGACACAGUGAAACCGGAGGCUGAACUAGCUGUCCAGACUCUGACACACAUGGGGCUGGAAGUUGUGUUGAUGACCGGAGACAACAGCAAGACAGCACGAGCCAUAGCUGCUCAGGUGGGUAUCAGGAAGGUGUUUGCUGAGGUGCUGCCCUCCCACAAGGUGGCCAAAGUGGAACAGCUGCAGCGGCAAGGAAAGAGAGUUGCCAUGGUGGGUGACGGAGUCAACGACUCGCCCGCUCUUGCCAUGGCUGACGUGGGCAUCGCCAUAGGAACAGGGACAGAUGUGGCCAUAGAGGCAGCAGACGUGGUGUUGAUCAGGAACGACCUCCUGGAUGUGGUGGGCAGCAUCCACCUCUCUAAGAAGACAGUCAAGAGGAUCAGGAUCAACUUUGUGUUUGCUCUGAUCUACAACCUGAUUGGCAUUCCUAUAGCUGCUGGUGUGUUUCUUCCUUUUGGUCUGGUGUUACAGCCGUGGAUGGGUUCUGCUGCGAUGGCUCUGUCGUCUGUGUCUGUGGUUUUAUCCUCCCUUCUACUCAAAUGUUACACUAAGCCCACAGCUGAGAAGUUGGAGGCCAGCCUGGGUGGCAACAGGCGGCAGGGCAGCCUGUCAGACGUCAGCGUCCACAUUGGCAUGGGUGACGUGCGUCGUCCCUCCCCCAAACUCAGCCUGCUGGACCGCAUCGUGAACUACAGCCGUGCCUCUAUGAACUCCCUUCGCUCUGACAAGCACUCUCUGAACAGCUUGGUGCUGAGCGAUCCUGACAAACACUCCUUGUUGGUGGGGGAGGAGCUGUGUGAGGAAGAGGCCUGCUGAAUACGUAGGGCUCACAUGGACCUUAAUUCAAGGCCGUGCUAAGCUAAAAGAGUUCUAGUGAAUAAAAGCCCAUCCAUCCAUCUGCUGUCGUAGCCUAGGGGCUUCACUGGUGACUUGAAGAAAGCUUUCAUGCCCCUUGUUGUUUCUUAGCUCGCCCAGAUGAUCAUAUGCACUUCAUAACAUGUGGGUGUUUUCUUUUUUUCCCUUUGUUGAGGUCACUGCCCUGCAGCACACAAUAUUCACCAACCCUUUGACACUUUGACCCUCCAACACUCUGGUGUUUGCAGAGGCAUGAAGCAUCUUCAGAGCUGUGAAGCAGGUGUUCACAUCCAGGAAGCAGAGUGAUGAUCAGCUCUGUUAUUGUGCUCACCUGCCAGUACAAUCUUUAACACCUAUCCAAAGUUGUUUUAACAAUGGUCCCCCUUGGGAGAGUGGACACUACAGACUUCUAUUUUAAACAAUGUUCCUAAAAUGGAAAAUUCUAACUGAUGUAAAAUUAUAUUCAAGAGUAUUUAUAUUACCUUUAUUUAUCUUUUUUUUUUUCAAUAUAUCUUAUGUGGAAAAAUGAAGUUGUUGACUCAAAAUCCAAAUAUUCAUCUUUAAUCACCCAAAAUGUGUAAUCACUGAGUAAGAUACGACAUCCAAGCUCAGUCAGUGAAAGAAGACUUUUAAAUUGAAACUGAUUCUGUGCAACAUGAAGUGAGUUGUAAUCAUGGGUGUUACGUAAGUGCCAAUUGAAAUGCCACCUUGACAGUCCUACACAUUCCAAAGAUAGCACUGUACACAGCUUACCUUAGACUUGAUGUGCACAGAGUGUAAAUGCAGAGGAAAGGUGAGCGACUUACAUAAGAGACCUGAAUAAGUUUCACCUUGAAACAUGACACCAACUAUAGACGCCCCCUCGUCAGAGAAGUCUGUAGUUGUGUCGACCUUCUGCCUCUUUGGUUAAUGAUAUAUCAGUCAGUGGCUGUGAACAUUAUUCCCUGUUAUAUUCAAACAGGAAUUGUUACAUUGUGCUUGCAUUAUUUUAUUUGCGUGUUGCAAAGAGGUGAAAUUCUGCUGAGAUGCAGUUUGUCAAGAAAAGGCCAAAAUGUCAAUGCGUUUGUGUUCUGUCAUCGCACUAAAGAUGUUGUUACUGUUUCAUAGAACUGUGACUCUUCGUUAACUUCUCUACUUCUUCAUAUGAUACACACUUUUGCACAUGAUCAAAGAUACAUUUUUGGGAUCCAGGGGAGCAGGAAGCAGCUUGGUCAGCUGACUAGACACAUUUGUGUCAAGCAUGCCUGCCAAAGAGAGUUUCUGGAAGAAAGCUGUGGAUCAAUUUAUUACAGUUUAGUAUUUAGUAUAGUAUGUUUGAAUUGUAAUUGCUGGAUCACAAUUUUGCAUCUGGCAAUUGUAGGUAGCUACUGUUUCAACUGCCUCUGCUUUAUUUUUCCAUCUUUAUUGAUUGCUGUGUCAAAUCAGAAGAUAUUCACUACAGUCCAGCUGUUUCUUGAAUUGUGUGACCUUCAGUUUACGCUGCUGCUGUCCCAUGGUGCUUUAUGUUCUGUAUCUGUCGAGCGAUAUAUGCCAGUUUGUGCUUUGCUUUGUAAACGCAUCCAUAGGGCUUCAGAUGUGUAAUCAAGUUCAUGUUCUCAGUCUUUCUUUGUUCUCAACUGUAUGUGCCUUGGAAUAAAACACCUUUGUAACAUCA